GUUUAUCCGCUGACUCUUGACAGACUGAAACUUCGAUCCGACCAAUCUCAACACCACAUAGUGGUCGUGGCCUACUCCAAGCUGACAGGGGAGCAUCGCAGUCAAACAUUCACAUGGCGGAGACCAUUACGGUCCCGGCAUCACUCGCUUCUCCGCACGCUAGUUCGGUACCUCGAACUCUAGCAAAGAGCCGCUCUCAACGACCAAGAUCCAAAGAUGCGCCAAAAGCGUCAGAGAGCAGUGGCAUCACCAAGAAGAAACAAUCCAAGAGUCGCAAUGGCUGUGUCACCUGCAAAGCGAAGCGUCUCAAAUGCGACGAGGUCAAGCCAAGCUGUGAGCAGUGCAAGAAACGAAAUGUACCUUGUGGAGGCUAUAAGAAGGACUUCAAAUGGCGACCUUUUGAAGAACCAGGUUAUAUAGGAAAACAGACCACCAAAGCAAGAAAAGACUCAGGUUCAUCUAGCACAGUCCCUGCACAGCCUGACUGUAAUUACAGACUCAACUCGCAUCAGCCAUACCACGACUACGCUGAUGUCGCCAAAAGCUUCUAUCAUGCGCCACCACAGUCGUUGAUACCCGAUGUAUAUAACUCGGCACAUGGCAGCUCCGUUCCACACCUAUCACAUCCGCUCGCCGAGAGGACGUACGCCACAUCGAUGUUGUCCCCAUUUGCGAUUACUCCACAGUCCAUCUCCCCAGUUGAUUCACAUGCACCAGUUUUCCCAGGAUCAGAGAGCCUUUAUGGAGAUGGCUCGGUGAGGACAGGGCGGAGCGAGAUCACCGCGCCUUCUAGCGUGGCUGCUGGACAGUCGCCUCGGCUCAUGGACCUCCUCGUACCUGGGACAGACCACUGCGCGCCUCCAGAAGAAUAUCUAUCGUAUCGAAAUCAGCAUGAGACGUUCUAUCAGCUUACUGGCUUCACACCUCCAGCAGAUCCAGAUGACGACGAUAUCGAGGAGAUACCCCGAAAUCUACACCAUGUUUCGAGAUCUUGGUCCUUGCGACAUUCCUCUCCAACACCGUCGAACUUUUCAAGUUCGUCUGCUGGAUCUCCAGAUCACGGCAUACCUGUGCAACCCCAACAUGCACUCUCUUCGCCCGAGGCAAUGUCACGACGGUUUCAUAGAGACACGUGUGGGAUACUGUCCGUGAAAGAUGGGCCUACAGAAAAUCCGUGGCGCACCCUCAUCUGGCCGCUUGCACGCGACUGUCCAGCUCUGUAUCAUGCCAUUGCAUCCAUGACAUCAUUCCAUCAGUCUUCUCAAUUUCCAUCUAUGCGGAUUCAGGGUAUCGAUCAUAUGCACACUGCAGUUCAGGCCCUCGCAGAAGGACUUCAGAAUAUGCGUUUCGAUGCAGCCAUAUCGACGACAUUGGUAUUAGCUUUCGCUGAGUCCUGGGAUGUGCACAUCAGCACAGGUAUCAAUCACAUAAAAGGUGCCAAGAUCCUGAUCAACCAAGCUCUGAUACAACAUCGACAGCUACAUAAGCAGGAUGAGGAGUGGAAGCGCCUAAAAUUCCUUUGCAAUACGUGGAUCUAUAUGGACGUUAUCGCUCGCUUGACAUCGGCAGAUGAUGACGAAUCUAACGAUGUUGAUGCCAUUUACGACAGUAUCCACUCAACAGGGGAAACGGAAGCGUCACUUGACCCGCUGAUGGGCUGCGCACAUUCACUGUUCCCUAUCAUUGGCCGUGUUGCCACUCUCAUCCGGAGGUUGCGGAAAUCGACUCGAAAUUGUCCGGACCUUACUAUGCAAGCGAUGCGUUUGAAGUCUCAGCUAGAGGAGUGGAGACCGCCGUCCUAUAUUGAGAAACCCGAAGACGAAACGACAAGCCCGAGAGACUCGCUCAAGACCGCCACGGCUUACCAGUAUGCAACACUACUCUACCUUCACCAAGCUUUUCCCGAGGUUCCCUCACUACCGGCGCUUGUCCUUGCCAAGCGAGCAUUAUGUGAGCUUGCCGCAGUCGAGCCAAGCUCUCGCUCAUGCAUCAUACAUAUCUACCCUCUCAUGGCCGCAGGCUGCGAAAUGGUUGAGGCAGACGAUCGAGCCUGGGUAACGCAACGCUGGGAGCUUCUCUCGUCCAGGAUGAAGCUCGGUAUCAUUGACAAGUCCCUGACCGUGACCAAAGAGGUAUGGGCUCGACGAGACAUCUAUGCCGCGGAGUGCAACAUCUUCGAAGCAAUGCGCAGCGAUAGCAUAUCCUCUACAAUACCACGUAAGCGUAAUCUCGACGCUUAUCUUGACAACGAUGAUGACGACGUCUGCUGGCUUGAAUCAAGGCCUAAUCGUAGAGCUCCCGACUCGGAUGCACAGCAUCCAACGUCGAUCUCACAUCUGUUCGAACAGGGACGCCGAAGGAGUGGAGCAUCACCAAACGACAACGUAGAGCUGCUCAAUCCAGAAUUCACAGUCAAAGGUCGCCUUCACUGGUUGGGCGUAAUGCGAGAUUGGAACUGGGAAGUACUGUUGGGCUGAGCGCACUAUCCAACUCGUCGCCACUAGAUUUGAAAAUCCGUCAGCAUCUUGCAUGCUGUCUCCUGGUCAUUCCGCCGCACUGCGUCUUUGAAUUUGAGGCUUGGGCACAAACGUUGACAUUCAGGAACCCUGUCGGCUCUCAUCCCAACGACCAAGCUCGAAGUGCUCCACCUC